GGAUUCGCGGCCGACGCCUACGCACACCUCUUCGGGGGAGAGCCAACGCGCUCGCUGCCUACCACCACCAUGUCGCAGUACAACCAGUUCAAUUCCACGGCCCAGGGUAUGCCGCCGCUGCAGACGCAGAACCACAUGCAGAACCAGCCGCGCGCCUACUCGCCCCAGUCCUACCAGCAUUCCCCCGGAGCCCUCUCGCCCACCUCCACCGGCAUCCCGCCUGCUAAGAGACAGCGGCUGUCGCCCGAAUCCCCCGCAUAUUCACCCUAUUCCGCCUCUCCAUAUGCGCCUUCGCCUUAUGCCACCUCUCCUCCGGGCCAGCCCUAUCACAGCCAGCCGGGCUCGCCGGCCAUGGGUGCUCCACCUGUCCAACCUUUUCACCAACCUCAACCGUACCAGCAUCCGAAUAAUGUGAACCAUCAGCCAACGCCUCAGGGCUCGCUUAUGCCUCCGCCGAAGGUCCCUUAUAGUAAGACUCAGGACAAUGCCGAAUUGGAAAAAGCCAACCCCCGUGACAUGGACGUGAAUAAUAUCAGCGACGUUUUGACGGGGUCCGGAAUCGAUUUGCGCGCUGAAGAGGAGGCUAUGCUGCACAAUGUUGGCGGUCGGAACAACUACAAUGCAUCCUUCAAUUCCCAGACUUCUGGGUCUACUAUGUCACCGCAUGGCAGUUUUAAUCAGUGGGGGCAGCAAGCCGGCCAUGGAGCUUUUCAGGGCACCGGUCCUCUAAGUCAGUCCGUUUCCGAGGAGCAGCAGCAGGGCGAGCUUUUGCGAAAACACGAACAGGCUGCACGUGCGCUGAAUCAGUCGGCUGAGCAGCCGCUCCACGAUCCAUUUCUCAUGGCAAACGCCCUCCGGCAUCGGAUGGCCAAACGCGCCUACGACCAAGGCGUAUCCGUGAGCCUCGAAGGUUUGUUUGACAAAAUCCCAGAAGCCCCCAGAGAAGUUUCGCGCACUGCGUUGCCCGGGUCUGAUGGCGAAGCGAUUGUAGUUCUACAGGCAAACAGUAUUCUCAACAGAGAUACCCCCCUCGUUGAACUCAUCUCUCUAGUUUCUCUUGCCGCUCAAGAAAGGAUACGUACUGUCCUCGAGGAUGCUUUCGCUCUAUCGCAGGGCCGUCAAAACACGUCUACCGGAAUUGUCCCCCCGAGUUUCGCUGACAUUGCCGUCGCAAACGGCGAAACGAUCGAAAAGACCGUGGCGCCUGCAAACGUCACCAAGACCACCUGGGAAGCAGUACCAGAUAGCGCGGUCAGUCCGAAGGCUAGCACUGCAUCGAAGCACCCUCCAAAUGCUGCUCGCUUGCCUACUCCUCCUUCUGAAAAUCCAUCCACCCCUAGACCUACAAUACAAAUCAAAACAAACCACGUGACCUUGGCACUCAAGCGCAAAAUUGAAGAGGAUGAGCGGUAUGAAAAGAUGCGCAUCCAGAAACGUCAGAAACGCCAGCAAGGAAAUUCCGCUACACCAGCAGACACUCCUGAAAUUACCCCACUGCCCCUGCCUGAGAGGAUGACCAAGAAGGAGCGCGAUCGCCUCAACAAAGCUGGCCAAACUGACGAGGUUCUACAUCAAGCAGCCAAUGUUACGGCCAGUUUAGCUCUUGGGAAAAAGAAGAAGUAUUCUUGGAUGACUAGUGGCUCAGGAUCCGGUGCAGCGACACCUAGUCGAAUGAGCACCGCAGCCAAGGGACCCAGCGGUACCACUACACCCGCACCUCCUGCUGUUGAUCGUAGCUUGCUAGCACGCCGGAGGCAAUUUUUGGGUGGCGAAAUGGAGAGCACAGAUAUGGGCAAGAAGAUCCAGCUCCGAGAUUUGGUGCAUGUUCUCGAACACGAUGGAAGGGAGCGCAAGACGUUGUCUCAAAUACUAUCACGAGUCCGUAGUGGAGACAAGGACGAGAAGAAGAUUGAGGACCGACGCACUACUGCGGCGCCUCCGCCACGCUGA